AUGAUGUACACCUCGAGCUGGGGUUUCAAAGCCCUUUCCCUAAUGAUAUUAUGCAGAUUAACACAAGUUUCUCUGGCUGAAGAAAAGGGUGAAAUUCUUCCUCCAACCAUACAGAAAAUAAUGAAAGGAUAUAACAAGUAUCUGCGACCAUUUUUUGACAAUGGCCCUGUCUCCAUAGGAAUGAGUAUGGAUAUAGCAAGCAUUGACACAAUAUCGGAAAUAAACAUGGAUUACACAGCUACUAUAUUCCUAAGACAACGAUGGACUGAUGAACGCCUUUGUUUUGAGGGUAACAAGAGCUUAAGCUUAGAUGGCCGCCUUGUGGAGAUGCUUUGGGUACCAGACACCUUUAUAGUGGACUCAAAAAAGUCUUUUCUUCAUGAUAUCACAGUUGAAAACCGUCUAAUAAGAAUAUAUCCUAAUGGAACAGUCCUUUAUGCCAUAAGGAUAACUACAACUGUUGCCUGUAGUAUGGAUUUGACUAAAUACCCUAUGGACAAACAGACGUGCACCUUGCAACUGGAAAGCUGGGGUUAUAACAUAAAUGAUGUCACGUUUUACUGGACGAGGGGAAAUGAUUCCGUUAAAGGCUUAGAAACCCUUCGAUUGGCGCAGUACACAGUAGAAGACCACUACACCUCUAGUUCUGAAGCUGUCUAUGAAACAGGGCACUAUCCAAAGUUAGUCUUCCAUUUUGAGCUCAAGAGGAACAUUCUGUAUUUUAUCCUUGAAACAUAUGUGCCAUCCAGCUUGCUGGUUGUCCUCUCCUGGGUGUCAUUCUGGAUAAGCCAGUCAUCAGUGCCAGCCAGAAUCUGCAUAGGUGUUACAACUGUGCUCACCAUGACAACUCUUAUGAUGGGAGCCAGGACAUCACUUCCUAAUGCUAAUUGCUUCAUCAAGGCAAUUGAUGUCUACCUGGGUAUUUGCUUUAGUUUUAUCUUUGGCGCAUUACUGGAGUAUGCAGUAGCUCAUUUCUGCACCCUUAAUCGAUCUGGAAUGAAGAAACUCACAAAGGAGGAGGAUGACGAGGCUGAAGAGGAGAUCAAUGGAGUCCUGUCAGCAAUUGCCAACAGUUGCAAGGCUGAUAAGAUUAACAAGGCUGACGCAGACAAGCUCACCAAAACCUCUGGAGGCAGAAAAGAGGAGAAAAGUAAACACAGCCGCUGUCACUCACCAAUGGCAGUGAUGAAGAGACUCUUCUGUAUAUUUGACUGCUUUCAUAUUAAAAACCCAUACCACAUAGACAAUUAUGCCCGGCUUUCCUUCCCAUUAUCAUUUAUCAUAAUAAAUGUUUUUUACUGGGUUUAUUAUUUGUAUUUCUAAGCUUUUGAAAACCUCUCAUGGAAUAGUGUGGCAAGUGUAGCAAACGGGAACAGGUGCACAGAGUUAAGUCAGGGAAAAUGCAGGGCAUUACGAUAUCAAAAGAAGACUGUCAUUUUAUUGAGUAGUUUUUCUGUUGAGUUUCUGGUUAA